AUGCUGCCUGUAAGAAAGCGUCUGCACCAGCUUAUUGCGGUGGAGGUCCAGGCUCUCGUGCCCGUUAUUUCAUGCAAAAAGGAGGAGUGGGAGGUCGAGGUAGCUCAAUUUGGUGAACAAGAGGCCAAACGUCAUCGUCGUGAGGAACAUGAGUCAAGACUGGCGACGCAGGAACUAUCCACAUCGGAAAUAGAGGAACUGGAGCUCGAGGAUCAGACCAACGACCCUCUACUGGAAACGUCAGCCUGUCUGCGAAUGGAUAGGGAAAUGAAGUGGCCUACUACGCUUGAAAAAUCUGCCGCUUUCGGCCUUCAAAAUCAGAAUGGCUGGUGCUUUGUCGAUUACUCUGGCGAGCACUAUGAUAUGGAUCAUGAUCAACUUGUCUGGAGCAAGGCCAUCGCAAAUGGCGUAUCGAAUGUAUCAGUUCAUCGACCUCCCUCAAGCCUUUACAAGCUCUGGACCAAAACUGGCGCUGUUAUCUUUGACCCGCGGAGGUCGCUUCUGAAGCAGGAAAGGGAGGAGGCAAAGCUGUAUCACGAGGAGUCCAAAAUACAUCGUGAGGAGUCGAAGGAUUUCAUGCAGGAAUAUGCGACCUUUCAGAAGCAACAGCUGCAACUGCAAAUGACUGAUUCAAUGUCUGCGUCUGUGCAGCGAUCGACCGCACGUCGCGAGCGUCAAGAACAGAUCCGUGAAGAACGAGAACGUUAG